GGUACGGCAGUGAAGGCAUCUCCAAACUUUUCCAACACACAGUGAAGUGGUCUCUUUACUUUGCGUUGUCGUCUGCUGUUUUAUCCCCCGACAAUGACAACAGCCACCUCACUGCCGUACAGUGUCUGCCGUUGAUAAACUGGAUGCUACAGUACUUGGCCGCUUGGAGAGAAGAAAAACAUGCGAGGGGGAAAACUUCUGGAAUGAUGCCUGAGCGACUGCAUCCCUCCCUCCCUCCAAAGUUCAGCUAAGUUUUCAGCUUGGAGCCUUUCUGUGUUGUUGUUAUCACCACUGAUCAUCACCACCUAUCCAAAAGGGCCCACAUUUUGGAUGAAGAGGCAAGUGCAAUGAUGAAGGUGACCGUGACAUUUGGGCAGACGGGAGUGGUGGUGCCCUGCAAGGAGGGUUGGACUGUGAGGGACCUCAUCCAGCAAGCCACACAGAGAUACAGGAAACUUCUCGAACAGGAAGGGGAUUUCUUGGUUCGGACUCACCACGUUGAAUACUGUGAUGGGGGGAUUCUGGACCCUGACGACAUACUCAGCGAUCUGGUAGAAGACAAGGACAAGCUGAUGGCGGUGUACGAGGAACAGGAAGCCCAGCAGAGGGGUGUGGCUAACACAAGUCUUGCUCCCAGCCCUGAACUCUACCAGUCUGAGCUCUCCGCGUUCCAGCCAAUUGCUGGGGGGGAGAUUGAAGUUAAUUCCUCAGUGCUCAAGUCCAACACCCCCCUGCUGGUGAGAAGUAGCAGUGAUUCAGCCCUCAACCCUCAGCUGACAGAGAGUGAACCUUCCCACAAUGGAGACGCUACUGAAAUGGUAGCCUGUCCUGCUGUGGAGAGGCCUGCAGGAGCAGACCGAGCCCAAGGCAAGCACGCCUUCAGUAACGGCCUGACCAGAACAGUGGAGAUCCUUGGAGAGGAGAGUCCACUUGGAAUCCAUGUGGUCCCCUACUGCUCUUCACUCAGUGGACGGUCUCUUGGCCUGUACAUCCGCGGUGUGGAGGAAGAGAGUCGCUCAAGAAAGGAGGGCUUGUUUCAAGUGGACGAGUGCAUCGUCAAGAUCAACAACACCGACCUCAUGGACAAGACAUUUAGCCAAGCCCAGGAAGUUUUUCGUCAGGCAAUGCGCUCGCAUUUUGUCCAUUUGGACGUAGUUCCCUCCUCCAACCGAGAGCGCUAUGAGAAGAGUCUAAUUGGUCAGCUGUUUGGCAACAACAACAACAACGGCGGCCCAGGCAACAGCCCCAGAAUCAUGAGGACCAAAGAGCCACCGCCUCCUGUCAAAGCCAAACCUGUCUUUAAGCCCUUUGAGAAUCCAGCCGCACGUUUUCCAGAGGAAGCUGCCACUCUGGAGGCUACUAUUGGUACCCCCAAAGGCAGGAGUGAGAGCCCUCUUCUUAAGAAGAGUCCUGCCCUCCCCAGCUUGGUGGCCAGUAAGAGAGGAGGACGAAGAUUGAGGAUCGACUUAACAAAAGGCUCAGAAGGUCUUGGUUUCACCGUCGUAACCAGAGACUCGUCGGUCCACGGUCCCGGUCCCAUUCUCGUUAAAAACAUUCUGACACGUGGAGCUGCUGUCAAAGAUGGACGCCUGCAGUCUGGGGACCGCAUACUCGAGGUAAACGGCGUGGACAUCACCGGUGUGGGCCAAGAGGAGCUGGUGUCGAUGCUUCGAAGCACGCGACAGGGAGAGAGCGUUAGCCUCGUGGUCCUGCGGCAGGAGGACAUGUUCCUGCCUCGAGAGAUGAAGGAGGAGGUGUCCCGAGUACCUGGCUUUGUUGUGGAGAACGGGAAGGAGCAGCUGAUGUUCGAGGUUCCCCUGAAUGACACCGGCUCGGCAGGGCUGGGCGUCAGCCUCAAAGGGAACAAGUCCAGGGAGACGGGAGAGGAUCUGGGAAUCUUCAUCAAGUCCAUCAUACACGGAGGGGCGGCGUACAAGGAUGGCCGUCUGUCCAUCAAUGACCAGCUGGUCGCCGUAAACGGAGAGACGCUGCUGGGACGCUCCAAUCACGACGCCAUGGAGACGCUGCGCCGCUCGAUGUCGCACGAGGGGAACGUGAGGGGGACCAUUCAGCUCGUGGUGCUGAGGGUUCUGAAGGAUCAACACGGCGUUUCACCCAAUCGCUCGUUCGACGGCUCCUUUGGCCUCUCCAUGAGUCCAGUGAACGGUCAGACGGGAUUGGUCGGUCAAGCCAACGGCCCCGUCCUCCCUCCCAUGGUGGCCAACUCUUUCUACGGGUCUAAUGUGACCAAUGGGAGUUAUUCUCACAUGGAUGAGGAAGAUGACGGGGAGCUGUACGGGCACGAGGAGUUCAACAGCUCUGCCCAACACUCCUACUUACAGGAGAGAGAAAACACUCACAUCUCCAGGCCGGCUCAGCCACAGUCUCCGAGCCAGAACCACAACCAGAACCACAACCAGAGCCAACGUCAGUUCCAGCACGUGAAGGCCUCAAAGAGCAUGGACCUGGGUACGAGUCAGAAUCAGCAGCACACUGUGGCAGACGAGAGCAACGUGGGAUCCCUGGUUGGAAACAUCGCAGCCCUGUCGAGUCCCGUAGAACUCGGCCCUACCCUCGGCCUGAAGAAGUCCAGCUCGUUGGAGAGUCUCCAGACGGCCAUGUCGGAGGUCAACAGGAAAAACGAAGUCCUCCCAUUCCACCGCCCUCGCCCAAAUAUGGUCAGGGGAAGAGGCUGCAAUGAGAGCUUCAGGGCGGCCAUUGAUAAGUCCUAUGAUGGGCCACCGGAGGAGGAUGACGAUGAUUGCUCGGACCUGAGUUCAGGCCGCGACACCCCUGCGAGCAGUUCGUCCCGCCAGGGAGUGGCGGAUCAGAUCGAGGAAAAGGGCAAGAAAGACAAGAAAAAGAAAGUGAAAGCGAAGAAGAAAGAAAAGAACAAGGGGAAAGGGAAAGAGAAAGAGAAAAACAAGGUGGAGGAGCCUGAAGAGACGGAGAAGAAGAGCAAGAAAAUAGGAUUUGGCCUUCUGAGAUUUGGCAAGAGAAAAGAAGAGAAGAAAGAAGCAAAAGCAGCCGUGCAGCGACACAAGUCAGACCUUCUGAGUGACCACGAGUUUGAGAAGAUGAAAGAGGAGAGGGAAAGGUGGGAAGGUGUUUAUUCCCAUGUUUUAGGAAUUGAGGCAGGCCACCCUGAGUUGCAAGAGCACCGGUCCAGAGACCAGCAGGGUGCCAGGUCCACUUAUCCAGAUGUGGAGGACGAUGACACAGACCCCAACUAUGCCCGAAUACAAUCCUUCAGGGACCGAGACACGGGUUCGGUGCCACAGCCACUGCCUCAGUCGCCUCCCUACAAUACGAUUCAGCACACCCACGCUCGCAACGCUUCCCCGCAGACCACUUCUACCUUUCCGGGGCAUGGAAAUCAUGCUAAUGACCCCGGAGCUGUCCCCGAUGACGACCACAUCGAUAGGCUGUAUGCCAAGGUCAAUAAACCGCGGACAGUUGGGACUACUUCUCCUCCGGCGUCUGCUGCUGCUGCUGCCAAUGACAGCAGCAGUGUAGACAGGAUCCAGCAGCUAAGACGAGAGUACCAGCAGGCAAGGAGAGAAGGAAUCGUUCCGCCCUACGAAGAGCUGGACCCACGACGCCGAGGGCACGAACCCGACCCGCACAGAAUGCCAGGCAGAGGGACCGAUCCUCGGCUGGCACCACGUUAUGAAGAGGUGGAACGACAAUAUGCCUCCUUACCAAGACGGGGUCCACUGGAUCCAGCGGAGUACCCCAUGCAGCCUUGGUCUGGUCAUUACCCCGGACCUCCUCAGAACCCCCAGGGAUACCCGCAGCCCAUGCCCUACCCUAACUCCAACGCCCAGUCUGCUCCUUCUUACCCUGGCUUUCCACCGGGCCAGCCGUACCCACGUCCAGGCGACCCUCGGGGCGUUGACCCUCGAGGUGUUGACCCUCGGGGCGUUGACCCAGGCUACUACCCUCCUCUGCCCAGCUCCCAACAGAGAGGGCCUUUAAGACAGGAUGUACCCCCAUCCCCUACCCCUCCCCUCCGGGGUCUACGGUACGACACUAUGAUGCGCGGAACUGGGGGUGGAGGCUACAGGCACCUGGUGGAUCACAAUCCAGUCCAUAAUAGCCACACUGUGGAGGUGGGAAGACGACAGCAACACCAAACCAACCCAAGACAGAAGAAUGCCAUGACUGCAGCUGUGUAGAUGAAUCAGGUCUAGACAUAACACAUGUUGAUAGCUUUCUGUUGUGCCGCUCUGCUUUCCCUACUUCACUGAUGUAUUUUCAAACCUCCUAUUGGUUUUUAAUCACCAUCAUUAUUUUUACAGUGUCCUCUCUGUUGAAAAGUAUGUGGUAAUACAUAGGCAGACAAAGAAAGAGAGGAGUCACAUAAAAUAGCAUGGAGUCUCCCUGGAGUAUUAGCAGGGUUUUUACUUUUCAAUAUUCUCUCACUAGUUAAAGCGCAACUUUGCAACUCUGGUCAGUUUUUUGCCUUUUUCUCUUGCGCCUACCGCUUUAUCCUCACUGUCGUAAAGCCUCACGACACCUCUGAUUUCAGGUGGCAACCCUGAUCUUGCAAGGUUGUAAUCUCAACCAUCACAAUGACUCCGAAGCUGUUACAUUAGAAAAGAAGCAGUCUGCAAGACAUAGAUUACCUUAAAAAGCCAAACAGUAGCAGGCUAAUCUUAAAUCAUGUGGCCAUUUACAAAAAUAUGACUGUGAGGCUAUGAGUCUGCCCCUGAGGUUAUGUCAUUUGUUCAGAAAAAAUCACUUUAACGUGUCGCUAUACGGCCUGUGUACAGUUUGAAUCAUUUUUAAGUGCGUUUCAAUGCACCUAACUAUUUACAUUAAGUGCAAGAUUGUGCCUUUUGGUAUCGACAUCAAGAGAUGACGACCUAGUGAUUCUUUUACUCAAUAAGAACAAACAAACAAAAAUGGCUACAUUCACUAUUAAUUCAGAGAGAAGAACUGAAUCAACAGUUUGAGGAAUCGCUGCUGGAGUGUAAUGAAGCAGGGUUUGCCAAAGAUUAUCUUAAAAAUCAUUUGCCUUUUCAUCGCGAAACGACAGCGCUCCGCGAGACAUCGAUCAGGCAAUCAGCCGUUUUGAAAGUUUUUCAAUGAAAGGUUGUCAACAACAUGCAUUCUGUUUGGUAAAUUGGAAUCCUUGGAAAAAUGUGUCCUUUGUCCAAAAGAGUGAAAGCUAAAAAAAACUUCACAGUGAAUGCGGCAGCGUUGCAGAAGCUGGUUUUGAAAAAAAUAAAAUACUAAUAAUGGAUCACAGUUAUUUGUGACAAUCGCACACAGAAACACGUCUCGUGUGCAAGAGCCGUAAUGAAGUAAACGCACGGUCCGCCGUUCUAGACGUCUUUUCAUAAUUGAAGUGCAGCCACGGCACGGUAUCUAUCUUAACGUGUAAUGCUUUUUUUUUAAUUCUUGCUCUUCUUUUUUUUUGUUAUUAUUAUUAUGUCACUCAAUAGAAAUGAGUCGCAUUUUUAGUGCAGGACUAAGUUGCGUCUGAAUCUAAAACCGUGUCAGGAUGUUGUCUUACAGCACUUAUGAAUGACUCUGUUUCCACACACCACACGGCCUUACAGUGCUAAGUCAUAUUUAUGUUAUUUGACUGAAGUCUAAUGUCUACUUAAAUUAGUUUUUUUUGUUUGUUUUCCAUUGUUAUCGUCACUUCUACUCAGUCCAUGGAGUUUUCUUUUAUAUCAAAUCACAAUGUGAUCCAUUGUUUCACACAUAAAGCUGUCAUUCAUUCAUUUGACUGAUGAUCAUGUCACACACAUAUUUUUAACGCUGUCUUUACAUUCACACAGAGUAAUUACAAAUAUCAUGGCAAUAUUUGGGUCAAAACAUCCACUGUUUACAACAGUUUCAUUGUUAGAUGUCACCACAGGUGUGUGGUGACAGCAGCAGACAGAGCUGUGUCGACGAUUGUUUCACAGGGAUCGGGACAGGUAGCUGUUAAAAAUGACCAGCUGGUGUUUUUUCUGUGGUUUGGAUGUGAAGGACGCGGCGGUGUAGGCGUCACCGCGUGCCAGAGUGCACACGAGUCCUCCUGAAACACAAGUUUAGGCGUUAGAGAGCUCAUCUCACUGCCGCACCGCAGCGUAUCUCCAUUUAGCCACUUACCGAACCAUCAAUUAAGUGUAACCACGAGUUGGUGUUUCGCUUAAAACCUCCGUUUCCACUCAGCAGUAUUAGUUUCAACGGAGAUUAAAAUGUUUAAAAAUACAUUUCAGGAUUUGGUGCAUUGCAUUUCUAUGUGUUGAAUGACUUGAGGAUGAAAUACCACUAAAGGAUGAAUGUUGAGGAUAAUUUGACUGAUGCCCGUGAAAAAAAAGAAUGUGAAGUAGAUUUGUCAAAAACAGCCACUUUGUUCUUAGAUUAAAUGUAGGUUUGCAAAUAAAAAAAAACAACAACAGAGGAUGAGAUGAAAUUAAAGAAACCAGUGAUAAAUUGAAGGUGUAGAUGAGAGGAAGGGAAAGAAAUUGUAAAAACCAAUGCACUGCAAGAACUUUAAUGCCUUAGCAUCUGAAAAGAGCAGAGGAGGAAAGAGGACAGACACAAACCUGGGCAGUACUUGUUCUGCAGCUGGAGGACGGUUACAUGAAUGUGCUUAUGUUGACUGAAUGUAGUGAUUUUUUUAAAUGACUUAUAAUUAUGUGUCUUUUUGGAAUUGUGACGGUAUUUCUGAAAAACGUUUUAGAAGACCGACCCAGUGGUCAAAUCAUUUGUUAAAUAUAGAGAACUGACGCCAGAAAAGUUCACGUCCACUGUGAUCGUUCGCUCUUUUGCUCGGUGCUUACCAUUGACUUUAUAUAUUUUAAAAAAAUGAAGUAGUGAAGCAAAGACCAGGAAAUAGAAUAGGGGCGGGAAUCACCAGAGACACACCGCGGUACGAUAUUAUCACGAUGUUGCGAUGUUAUAUAUCAUAUAUCAUGGUUUACUCACACAACAGCUCUAGUGAUUUGUGUUUGUAACGUCAGAAAAAAACAAAAAAGAUACUUGGUGUCUCAAAAAUGAUAAAAUAUUGCCACACAAAAUAUCACAAUAUUUCACUGUAUCAAAAAUUGAAUGGAAGUAGACAAAAUAACUCCUUUUGAAUCAAAGUCUAUGGGUAAAAUGAGUCUAUUUCUCACUUGAUAACAUCUGUAAACAGCUGGUGUCUUCCUUAUGAAUUUCCGGUUUAGAAAAACUGACAUGGCGCUGGUCAAACCGUAAACAGGAGUGUGCUUUGAAACCAGAAGACAACGUCCAUUUUAUUGUCCAGUCUGUGGUGCUAACAUUGCAGCAAUCUGUAUGUUAGCAAUCAAAUUCACAACAUUUCAUGAUAUGAGACACAUCUGGUAGCUGGUGAUGUAAAUGUCAUGAUCAUGAGAGUCAUGAGAGUGAGACAUGCAGAAGGUGGACAUGAGUUACCUUUACUAAUUGGUGGCAUUUUCUUUUUCUAGCACACAACAAAUUAGAUGGUAACUAUGGAAACAUGCUUGAGGUUAAGCGAAGGGGGUGAAAGGAUGCUGGGAAAUCCAAGUGAUGGAGAAAUGGCAUGUGAGAUUGAGUACAUGCAUGUGCAGAACCUUAGACUGACGUGGAACCUCGUGUUAGACUAAGUUUACGUCCUAACGUUUCCUUAUGUUCAAGUGUGAGCACGGAGCAUGAGGGCAAAUGAUCCACUCUGGUCAAAUGGAUGAUUUGGGGUCUAUUGCACUUCUUCAAUACAGAAAUGGCUGAUGGUCUGAAUGGAGGAGGUCGUAGUUGCUCCCAAAAGUGAAACCAAAUAUAUUUCUACACCUCCUCAUGGAGGCCAUAGUGAAGGUCAUGACCUCUGUUCCCUCUUUGGGAGCAGAUGCUUUCUGGCAUUGUAGGUGGUAGUACGUAAUAUUUUGGUUUCAUUUUGCACAGUUGUAGAUCUUACAAUACACAGUCGUCGGUGUAAAUGCUGGAUGAACAGUACACUGUGAAUAUUACAUAAAGGUGUUUUACUGUUAAUCCACUUAAUCACUAUUCACAUAUACGGUAUAAAACACUUCACAGCAAUUUAUUUUUUUAUGUAUUUCUUUUCUUGUCUCUAUUAUUAUUGUUGUUUUUAUCAGAUUCAUUUCAAGUAGUUUUUUUUCCCACUUCUACUUGCGAUUACAUGAAUUGUAUCUUUCAAAAUUGGGUAAAAUGAACAAGACUGUAUAGGUAGCACGGUUAAAUCUAUUGGGUACGUAUAGGUCUUUGGUUUUUCGCUAGCACAGAAUUAGUCGCACAAGAUGAAGGUACGAACCAGAACCCUUGUUUUGGGGCGUUCUGGUACUCCUGGUUCACCAGGUAAUGAAGGACCCAACUACUUAACCUCUCU